GUCAUUGGGAUGAGCUCGGGAAUGUCCACAGCCAAGGUCGCACGAUUAGUGCUCUUCAAGUGCCUUCUCUGGCAGGUAUUUCAAUUAACUCUCCGAAGAUGGUUGAACCUGCAGGAAUACCAGAGCAAGAAGCUGAUGUCUGACAGUGGCGUGAGAGUGCAGAAAUUCUUUGUGGCGGACUCUGCCAGUGAGGCUGUGGAGGCGGCUAAGAGAUUAAAUGCAGAAGAAAUUGUUUUAAAAGCCCAGAUCUUAGCGGGAGGACGUGGAAAAGGUGUCUUCAACAGCGGAUUGAAAGGAGGCGUCCAUCUAACCAAAGACCCCAACACUGUGGGACAACUGGCUAAACAGAUGAUCGGGUACAAUCUAGCAACAAAGCAAACUCCAAAGAGUGGUGUGAAAGUGAACAAGGUGAUGGUGGCUGAAGCCCUAGACAUCUCCCGAGAAACCUACCUGGCGAUUUUGCUGGAUCGGUCCUCCAACGGCCCUGUUCUGGUGGGCAGUCCCCAGGGGGGCAUUGACAUUGAGGAGGUGGCCGCUUCUUCUCCAGAACUUAUUUUUAAGGAGAAAAUUGACAUUUUUGAAGGGAUGAAGGACAGCCAAGCUCAGCGAAUGGCAGAAAAUCUAGGCUUCCAUGGACCAUUGAAACAUGAGGCUGCAGAUCAAAUUAAGAAGCUGUAUAAUCUCUUCCUGAAAAUUGAUGCUACUCAGGUGGAAGUGAAUCCCUUUGGUGAAACUCCAGACGGACAAGUUGUCUGUUUUGAUGCCAAGAUAAACUUUGACGACAACGCAGAAUUCCGACAAAAGGACAUAUUUGCCAUGGACGACAAGUCCGAGAAUGAGCCCAUUGAAAAUGAAGCUGCUAGAUAUGAUCUGAAAUACAUAGGACUGGAUGGGAACAUUGCUUGCUUUGUGAAUGGUGCUGGGCUCGCCAUGGCUACCUGUGACAUCAUUUCCCUUAAUGGUGGGAAGCCAGCCAACUUCUUGGAUCUUGGUGGUGGAGUAAAAGAAGCUCAAGUCUAUCAAGCCUUUAAAUUGCUUACAGCUGAUCCUAAGGUGGAAGCCAUCCUUGUCAAUAUUUUCGGCGGAAUUGUAAAUUGUGCCAUUAUUGCCAAUGGCAUCAUCAGAGCCUGCCGGGAACUGGAACUCAAGGUGCCCCUGGUCGUCCGACUUGAAGGAACCAAUGUCCAGGAGGCGCAGAACUUGCUCACUAACAGUGGACUUCCCAUUACUUCAGCCGUUGACCUGGAGGAUGCAGCUAAGAAGGCGGUGGCCAGCGUGGCAAAGAAGUGAGGUCUUCCUCCCGAUCCACUGGAAAGGAAGCCUACUGUUUCCAGCAAAGGAUGGCUCUCUUAUCACUGUGAAGAAAAUGGUUAUCUCAUUGGGGAAAGGGGGGUUAAAGGAGAACAAGAAUCACUCUCUGAUAAAUCUUAAAUGUAACCUUUUUUUAAAAAAAAUAAGCUAUCUGGGAAACCUAAAUAAUACUCUUUCUCUUGUAACCUGCUUGAAGAUUAUGUCUUGGGUUUUCAUUCUUUUCUGUCUUGCUGAGCUUGCCGUGUGCAGACUCUUGCUGAUUUAGGGGAGGGAUUUAUAAGACCAAUGUGCAGAUCUAGAGACAUCAGGCCAUAGUUCAUUUAUAAGAAAUUUGGUGGGCAUCUAGUCUAUAUGAUGAAAACUAUAAACCCUAAGAGCUCAGACAACGUUAUAUUUAACAUGUAACUACCAAAGCUAAAUACAGCCAAACAACUAUUAAGCACCACAUUUUUUACAUUUUUCUAAUGCCAGCAAAUGUUUACAAAACUCACCUUUAUUUCAAUUUUUUAUUUGUCUUAUAGUACAAGGUCCACAUUCAUACUCUAUAUGCAUAUUUUACCAUUUGCCUUAAUAUUGAAUAUACUGUUUACCUCACACUAAAAGUAAAACCAGAAGCCUCAUAUAUGCUUUUGUGGGAAAACAUUCAAUUUUUUACAUCAAGACUAGAGAACCCUUAACUCUUAGGGAAACCUUUGAAGUUAUGUCACCUGGAGAUGAGACAGUGCUUAACCCCACUUGCUAGGUGUGUCAGCAUCCUCUCCCCCUUUCCCUCCUCCCCCCCACCCCUCCAGCAGCAUCUGCCUUCUGGUGGUAGAAAGUUGCAAAAUUAUAAUUCAGAGAAUGUGAACUUUUCCAUAAUGUCCAGUUUUAUAGUGGGAGAGCAUUUAAAUUAGGUUUUUAUUUAAUGUUUGUUAAUUUUUAUAUCUGCAUACAAAUUUGAAUAAAAUCGUGUGUUUUUAAAA